UAUAUAUAUAAUAUAUUGAUUUAAUCAAGACGCUAAAGUACAGACAAGAAUUUAUUGUAUAUUUUCAGUCAGUUGUCUGGUAUCACCAACUCUAGGAUGUAUGAACAUAGACUAUUUAUUUCGUUUAUAUAUUUUUAUACUUCUAGACAAUAGAUUUAUUUGUCUAACUAAAUUUUAUGACAAGACGUACUUUAAUUUUUAUAUUAUUUAUUUAAAAGUUAUUGGAUCAUACAAUAUUUAAAAAAAUGUCGUAUCCAAUAAAUAGAAAACCAUUGCUGAGUGGUAUGACAAGUGACAGCGAAUUUAACGAAGAUGAUGAAACGGAAAUUGAUGACUCUAGUGUUUCUGUACCAGAUAGAAAACCAUUUUUUAAACCACAACCUGUAGAUAGAUAUAAUUUAGCGUAUAUUGUUUUUUAUUUACUUGGAAUAAAUACUUUAAUACCAUGGAGUUUUUUCAUCACUGCCGAUGAUUAUUGGAUGUACAAAUUUCGCCAAAUUCAUCCGAAUAACAGCGGAAGUAAUAAUUAUACGCACACAGAAAUAUUAGAAAAUAAAACAGAUCUGCAAGUUAGUUUUACGUCGUACCUAAAUGUUUCCAGUGCGUUACCUAAUAUGUUAUUUUUAAUAAUCAAUACAUUUCUUAGUAAACGACUGUCUCAAAAAUUCCGUAUGAUAUCGUCGCAGUUAUUAAUAUUUAUUAUGUUCAUUCUGACGACAGUACUUGUUAAAAUUAAUACCGACGAAUGGCAAAAUACAUUCUUGAUAAUUACGUUGACAACUGUGGCAUUUGUUAACGCACUAAGUGCAGUAUUUGGUGGUACUUUGAUGGGUAUCGUCGGACGUUUUUCACCAAAAUACAUAACUGCGAUGUCAGGAGGACAAGCCCUAGGUGGAAUAUUUACAGCUCUAACUGAAAUAUGUUCACUGUGGAUUGGUGCCAGUCCUGUAGUAUCUGGUUUAGUUUAUUUUAUAAUUGGCGAUUUUGUACUUUUAUUUUCAUUUAUCGCUUACAUUAUCUUGGAAGAAGAAGAAUUUUUCAAACAUCACAUGCUACUGAAACAACAAGAAGAGCCAAAUUUUUCAGUCAACGCAGAAGUUAGUUUUGUUGAUGAGCCUAGAAUAUCAUACAGACGAAUACUCAAAAGAAUACUUCCAUAUGGAUUGACAAUGUUUUUAGUAUUUUUUGUAACUAUGGCAGUUUAUCCAGCAGUUACUGUAUUAGUUGAAAGUCAAGGCAAAGGUCAAGGGUAUGCUUGGAAUGACAUUUAUUUUGUACCAGUCGUUACUUAUCUCACAUUUAGCUGCGGGGAUUAUAUUGGACGGCUUUUAUCCGGAAUACUCUUAUGGCCAAAAAAAAAACCGUGGGUGGUUGUGGUUCUAAGUUUACUUAGAGUUCUAUUUAUUCCAGCAUUCAUGCUUUGUAAUGCUCAACCACGCCAUUAUUUACCAGUUUAUAUAAAUAGUGAUAUUUGUUAUAUAUUAUUGACAAUAUUAUUUGCUACUGGCAAUGGAUAUUUGUGUAAUAUUGCGUUUAUAUUAGCUCCGACUGUUGUUGAGCCACAAGAUAAAGAAGUUGCCUCGACAAUGAUGGGAGCUUUUCUCGGAUUAGGAAUUACGACUGGCUCAGCACUAAGCCUCGUACUAAUUAAAUGUCUUUAACAUUACAUAUUAAAUAUAAUUCAUAGAACAAUUUUUUUUUUUUUAAUUAUUAUUAUUAUUUAUUAACGUUGUAAUUUUUAAGGCAUCAACUACCGAUAAUUUUUUUUUAAUCUUUUACGUUUUUAAAAGUUUAUUGGAGUUCAUAAUUUUAAAUGUUACUAUAAUUCCUUAAAUUUUUUUUAAACUAACGCACAAUUUUAAACAGAGAAAAAUGUAUUAAUUUUAUUAAAUUCAUAUAAUUAUUUUAUAGAGUACGCAUGAAUGAAUCACAUUUUAUUUAUUUAAAU